UAUCAACUAAAAGCUGAAAGAACUUUCCAUUAUCAUUUUCAUUCCUCUAACCUCUAUACUAUAGUUUAAUGAAACUGGAUUAUCAGAGAAAGCUCUAGUAGUCGAUAUUAGCAAGCCUGAGAACCCACAGCAACAAGAUAUGCCAGAUACAGACCUUUAUUCAGAACUUGAUUCACUUUUAGAUAACCAUGAUCUUCACUUGUGUAUUGUUGGCGUAAAAGAUUCCAAAGAGGAGGAAUCGGUUACAAUUUAUGCACGCCAAUGGCUUGAUGGUUUCGGUAUUUAUCCAGCCUUCCGUAUGCCACCCGUGAAGCCUGAUAUUGACACAGAAGCAAUUACUGAAACCGUUAGAACAAUUUUUAACGGACCUGCUUCUACAGAAACAGAGGAAAUGUCGAUAACGACCGCUGAAGAACAUCCAUUACCGGUACGGACAUCCGUUAAGCGGACCCAUUGUUCAGAGGAGGAAAUGAUUCGAAAGAGAUCCCGAACGGAUGAGACGAAGAAAAAGAUCGUCAUACCUCGUCGUCUGCGAUUACGCAGUCCUCAAUCGCUUCAACGACAAAUUAACAAAGAAGUGGCAGUUAAAAUUGAAUCACCACAACGAGACGCUAAUUUCCUGGCAAUGAAAAGCCAGCCACAACAACAAGAAACCAAAGAUGUUCCUAGGAAAAGCAAGUCAACGAGCAAUGAGCAAAAACUUACCGAAAAAAGACAACCAACUGCAGCAGGAUCAGAAACAAAUAGAAAUGAUACUUAUAAUGAUAACAAAUCGCUGUUGAAGAUGCUGGUGAAACGUCAAUGCAAAGAGCGUGAACUGAAGGAUGAGACACUUGAAAAUCUGGUCUAUGCUGGGGUUAAGCAUUCUUUAAGAUACGCAAUGCAACGACAGCGUUUGAACGAAGACAGACUUUCGCCGUUUAUCAUGUCGCAUAUCGAUUUUUUUAGGAAUAUGGAAAGCAUGGGGAAGUCUUUCUUCUAAUUAUUCCUUUUUAGAAAAGUUACCCGUUCAAUUCUUCAUUUUACCAAACCAUACAAAAUACACUUAUCAACUACUGGAUACCCGAACUGUAUAUCGCACAAUAAAGUAAUUGUUACCACUCUGCAAAACUGUUAGUCUUUUAUUU